UAGCAACUUCAGCACGUGAUUAAUCGGAACACCCCGCCAAUAACCCCUCUUAUACUAUUUGGGCAACCAUUAUCAUAUAAUUUCACAAUGGCACCCCAACGUGUAAUAACGGUUAUCGGCUCUAUAAAUGCUGACCUGGUGACAGUCACUGACCGUGUCCCUCAAGGCGGCGAAACUCUCACGUCCAAAUCGUUUGGUACUGGAGCUGGGGGAAAGGGUGCAAACCAGGGUAUUGGGGCCGCUCGAACGUCUCGGUACAAUCCAAAGAACUCUUCAAGCGCGGCGGGAUUACAAUCCGAUGUCGAUGUCAGGUUUAUUGGAGCCGUUGGAGCCGACCCAUUUGGUCCCUCAAUUAUAGCAGGCAUGAAAGCUGAUGGCCUGGAUGUCACACGAAUCAAAGUAGUGGAGGGGCAGAGUACUGGCGUUGCCGUCAUUCUCGUUGAGGAGGCGACUGGAGAGAAUAGGAUAUUAUUCAAUCCUGGAGCAAACUACACCCUCAGACCAGAACAGUUUACCAAUAUCAAGGAAUUCGGAAGUCCCAAGCCGGAUCUCGUAAUCUUGCAGCUGGAGAUACCGCUGGACACUGUUCUCACUAUCAUUGAGCUCUGCAAGGCCGCAGAUGUCGCCGUCUUGCUGAACCCUGCUCCAGCUGUGCCUUUGCCCAACGCGGUCUUUGUGGGACUUGAGCACUUGGUUGUCAACGAAACAGAAGCAGCAAUUAUCUCCGGACGAAGCGUUGAGAGCGUUAACGCCGAAGGCUUUGACUGGGGCGUCGUCACCGAUGACUUCCUGAACAAGGGCGUGAAGAACGUUGUCGUCACACUGGGAGGAAAGGGCUCCUAUUCUUCGAGUGAAAUCGGAAAAGGAAGCUUACUGCGUGCGAACAAAGUGAAGGUCGUCGAUACCACUUGUGCUGGAGACACAUUUGUCGGUGCCUAUGGUUCCUUAUACGUGAGGGCACUUGAGAGCGAAGGGAGUUGGGAUUUGAAGGAAGCUGUACGAAAGUCCUCGAAAGCCUCAGAACUGACAGUGCAACGGCAAGGGGCACAAGAGGCGAUUCCAUGGUCAGAUGAGAUAAACUGGGACUGAUCAAUGCCAAACGGCGACAUUCACUUUAGCUACCUCAAGAGUUUGAAAACAAUAACAAUUGCGAAAGCUGCCUGCCAGC